AUGCUCUCGUCACUUGACUAUCUGAGUGCUAAAGAAAAGUCUGAAGUUCAUAUGUUUAUUGACAAAGCUGUGUCUAGAUUGAAAAAGGAAGAUAGAGACUUGCCACAGAUUCUGAUGGUACGAGAUUUAUUAUCGAGAGGUAUUGGUAUUCAUCACGGUGGUCUGUUGCCUAUAAUGAAAGAGGUUAUUGAAAUCUUGUUUUCAAAAUCACUUGUUAAAGUUCUGUUUGCAACUGAGACCUUUGCAAUGGGUUUGAACCUGCCCACCCGUACAGUUGUGUUUGCUAAUACUGGCAAGCACGAUGGACGAAGUUUCCGUCAACUGUUACCUGGAGAGUAUACACAGAUGGCAGGUAGAGCUGGUAGAAGAGGUUUGGAUCCUACUGGUACAGUAAUAAUCAUGUGCAACGAUCCAGAAGCACCACCAAUGGCCGGUCUUAGAGCCAUGAUGCUUGGAACACCAACUAAACUGCAAAGUCAGUUCCGUCUUACUUACAACAUGAUCUUAAAUCUUCUUCGAAUUGAAGCACUAAAGGUGGAGGAUAUGAUUAAAAGGUCGUUUAGUGAAAAUUCUAGUCAGGUACUGCUUCCAGAACAUGAAAAGAAUGUCAAAGCCAGCGAAGCUUCGCUGCAAAACCUCAAGAGAGACCCUUGUCCUAUUUGUGACAUCGAUAUUGAUCAGGUCCAUGAUGAAAUCGUCAAAUACUCAGACCUGUCUUCGGAAAUCCUCAAUUUAGUAAUUCAGUCCCCUAUAGGAAGAAGAGCAAUAGUUUCAGGAAGAUUGAUUGUCUUCUACGAUGAAUUCAAAAAGAGAAGAUGCCUAGGUAUACUGAAUAGGAUUCUUGCUCGUGACCGUAAAUUUCUGGUCUUGCUGGUAGCAAAGAUGGGAAAUUCAAGGGCUGAGUCUGAAGCAUUGACUAAGGUUCCAUACUUGACCAUGGUAUCUGGAUUUGCAAGCAGAAAUUUGAAACAGUUCACAUUAUUGACACGAUUCCAUGAGGUUGCAAUUGAUAUAUCAGCAGUUGAGCUAAUUGCUUCCAUGUCAGUUCGAGUCAAUUUCAGUGAUGCUGUGCGUUCAAAACGAGAAGAGAUCGCUCGAAUCACUGAACAGCUUGAAACUUGUUUGAAAUUUCAAUCCAACUGGCAUCCAUUGACCUUUUCAAAACUUAAGGAUGCUCAACUCACUGUUCUAUUAACCGAACGAGAAGAAGCACUCAAAAUAAUUACUGCCAGUAAAUCUAUUAAGUGCAAAAACUUUAUGAAGACGUACUCCCAAGUACAUGAAGAGUACAUGAUCAAGCAAAAAAUAGCAUCGUUGAAGCAACUUAUUUCAGACCAGAAUCUAGAGCUUUUACCAGACUACGAACAGCGCAUCCAAGUUCUCAAGGACUUGAAUUACAUCGAUGAGGAUCUAAAUGUAUUGCUCAAGGGUCGAGUAGCAUGUGAAAUCAGCUCAGGAUUCGAACUCAUUGUUACCGAAUUGGUGUUAAACAACUUUCUUGGAGAGUAUGAGCCCGAGGAGAUCGUUGCUUUAUUAUCCGCAUUUGUAUUUGAGGGUAAUACAAAGAUUGACGUUGAAACAGUGACACCAAGACUGGACCAGGGCCGAGCACGUAUUCUUGAUAUUGUCACAAGUACCAAUAAGGUAUUCGAGGCUCACCAGGUUCUCAUGACGCAAGAUGAAGCUGAGUUCACCGAGAGGAUGCGUUUUGGUCUAAUGGAAGUAGUAUAUGAAUGGGCUCGAGGAAUGUCGUUCAAUUCGAUCACACAACUUACUGAUGUACAAGAAGGUACAAUUGUGCGAGUUAUCACGAGAAUGGACGAAAUCUGUCGUGAAGUCAUGGCAGCAGCCCGUAUUAUUGGUGACUCAACACUGUAUGAUAAGAUGCUGUUGGCUCAAGAAAAAAUCAAGCGAGAUAUUGUUUUCUGCGCCAGUUUAUAUAUUUAG